GACCUGUAUAACAAGGAAGCCGAACCUCCUGGUAGGUGUGUGCUGUGUCGUCGCGACAUAUUCCAGUAAAGCUGUCUUGAGAAGGAUAUAGGUGCAGUGUAAAUCAGCGAAAUACAUACAAUGGACGCCUUCCCCAAAUGUUCUGUGUGUCAGCAGCAUUUACCCUGAAGGGCCCCGCCCCCUACCUACUGCCCUGUCUACACGCUGUGUGUGAGACGUGUGUGACAUCUGCAGCUGGUGGUGUGAUAUCAUGCUCCACAUGUCAGAGGGAGGUCAACCUCAAAGACACAAGCCUCCACAAGGAUACAGUGAGACAGAAAGAAAUAUUCCAUCUGACAGUCAAACAUCGCCCCACAGAGCUUCUCUGUACAAAUGACGAUGACGGCAACCAGGCUGUGUGUUGGUGUCCAGAGUGCGAAGACUUCCUCUGUGAAUACUGCCAGAACAUGCACAACAGCGUUAAAGCUACCAGACGACAUGUUGUUGAAACCAUUGUGGACACGGCACCAGGAAGCAUGCAGGCUGAACCAGUUUGCAAACUUCACAAACGUUAUCCUCUUGAAUAUUUUGAUAAAAGCUGCAACAUUUUAAUCUGUUAUAAAUGCAGACUUGGCGACCAUGCUGAGCACGACGUUGGAGAUGUAGAUGUGGCUGCUGAUGCUGCUAAAGUGCGGAUAGAACAACAUGGGAAGAACGUGACUGCACAUCAUACUUCUCACCAAGCAUAUCUGAAGAGCAUCAACAAAGCCGUGAAUGACACCAAGAAGACAAGCAGUGCUGUGAAGGAGACCAUCCACCACACUUUCCAUUCUCUGAGGACACAACUCGAUCAAAGAGAGAAGGAACUGAUUAUCGAUCUUGACAAUCAGACGAAGCAGGAACUGGCAAAUCUAGGCAUUGAACAAGUAACCUCUGAAGGCGAGAGUGAACGAUGCAAGUUUACCUCAGACUACAUCAAGACAGUUCUCAGAUAUGCUUCAAACUCGGACUUUCUGACACUGGAGAGUUCAAUACAAGAAACAACGAAGACACACUUGAGAUCAGUUCCACCAGAGGUGUACAGUUCACCUGCAGCUGCAUUUAACACGAGAGGACUGGACAAAUUGCAAUCUGACAUUUCUAACUUCGGGUCUGUCGUUGGAGAAGGAUCAGCAUCUGACGAGCACACACUUACAGACAGAGGUACACAGACAGAUGACAUCCAUCUAUCUGACCCGGAGAAGACACGCAAGCAUAAGCUCGCGGAGGUUGCUACGGAGACAACACCACUACUACAGUUUGCUGGGACAUACUUUGCAGAUGCGGGGACUAAAACCUACAGUCUGGAAACAGGAACAGGGACCACGUUGACACUGCAGUGUCCUAAACUACAACUGGACGCUGCUCGAGCCAACACCGACGAGUGCCACGUAACUAAAGACGGUGAGCUGGUGAACUCGCCGCCCGCCACACAACACAGACACAGCGGCAGGUUACGGAAAUAUCGGGGUACAUGUGCCUCCACCCCCAUCCCCCUUCCUCCAUCUCCCUCUACUGUCACCCCUGCCCCACACACACCACGAUACUGGGAGACACACUCUAGGGCUGGUGUGGUGGUUGGAGGGUUGUUGUUGAGGCUUGUCCUGGAGGUGGGUGUGGGGGAGGAGAGCCAGGUGGACAGCGAGUGCCAUGUUUUCCGACAGCACCGCUCCUGGUGUGUCAGUGUAUGGAGCUGUGGCAUACACCGCGGGAGUAUCUGUACCAGUGUGUGGCAGCAGGGAGAGGAGGGGAAGUGUUACACUAACACAAUGUCUGACACACGCGGCACACAGGCCACCUUCCACUACGGCGUUGUGCUGGAUGUGGGGAAGGGGAGACUCGCCUUCAUAGACCUCAACAGAGAGGUUGUUUUAGCCAAGGUGGAUGUUGAGUGGAGCGAGUCUCUUCUUCCCAUGUUUGGUGUUGGGCAGCCAGAUGCCUACACAGUCAACAUGAAGGUGAUAAGUGGGGCAGAUAUCACCAUGACUGACACCAAGAAGUCACUUAUCUAUGACGCCUUGAAUUAGACAAUGAAAUAAACAUGACAUUGUGUAAA